AGGCUCGAGCCGGAGGGCGUGGUUCUAGCCGUGACGCUCUGUGUUUAUGUGAGCCCGAGCUGCAAACAGUCUAUACGGUAACUUGUCAGACCUUCAGGCAGUGGACCAUAAACGUGUACUGUAGUGCCACCCGUGCCUGGGUGCCAUGGUUCUCUGUUACACAUGAGCUCUACUAUGUGGUACAUCAUGCAAAGCAUUCAAAGUAAAUACUCCUUGUCCGAGAGACUUAUCCGCACCAUCGCAGCCAUCCGCUCAUUCCCACAUGACAAUGUUGAGGAUCUCAUCCGUAAGGGGGCUGACGUAAACCGCAUGCAUGGCACACUUAAGCCCCUGCACUGUGCCUGUAUGGUUGCUGAUGCAGACUGUGUGGAGCUGCUGUUGGAGAAGGGGGCAGAGGUGAAUGCAUUGGAUGGAUAUAACCGCACAGCACUACACUAUGCUGCAGAGAAGGAUGAGAAUUGUGUGGAGCUGCUAUUGGAGUAUGGGGCCCAGCCAAAUGCCCUGGAUGGCAACAAGGACACUCCACUUCACUGGGCUGCCUUCAAAGAUAACCCAGAGUGUGUGAGAGCCCUGCUGGAGAGCGGGGCCUGUCCCAAUGCCCAGGACUACAACAAUGACACUCCCUUGAGCUGGGCAGCAAUGAAGGGCAACCUGGAGAGUGUCAAAGUGCUAUUAGACUACGGAGCCCAGGUCCAUGUGACCAACAUGAAGGGCCAAACCCCUAUUUCCCGACUGGUAGCCCUUUUGGCACGGGGCCUGGGCACUGAACAGGAGGAGGAGUGCCUGGAGCUGCUGUGCCGGGCAGCAGGGCGGUUUGAGAUCCGACGGGCUGAUGGCACCCUUCCUAGGGAGCUGAGUAAGGAUCCUCAGCUGCUGGCGAGGUUGACCAACAUGGUGGCUCAGGCUCCCACCCUGCGCUCUCUGGCACGCUGUGCUGUCCGACAGAGCCUCGGAGUGCAGUUUCUCCCCACUGCUGUAAAAGAGCUUCCUUUACCAGAGACUAUCAAAAACUAUCUACUGCUGAGAGACUGAGCUCAUGAAACCACUGGGUGGCUCUCUGACCUCACUGGCUGAUUAUUAGACUGCUCACUACACUGCACUUAUUGGCAAAGAAGUGUCUCCAUUGAAUUAGAAGAUAUUGUCUGACAUUGGCACUCAUUUAUCAACCCUUCUUGCAAAUGAAUACAGGUUUAUGCACAAAUAGUUGAACAAAACCUUUCAUGUUUUUUUUAUUAUCUAGUGGUUAUAUGACAUCUAAAUGAAGAGUUAUUUAAGUACAGAUUGAUAAGCCUAAACGAGGACACCAUUCUUACAUACAGUAACUCUCAUUAUGUGUUUUCUCAUCUUAACCCAACAUGUUCAUAAAGAAAAAAUGAAUGUGCUACCCUUUGUCACUGAGGAUGAGGAAACUUAAAUAUUGAGUUGGAUGGUAACAUGAAGGUACUGUAUGUUCAUUGUAACAUGUAAGUGUAAGAUAGGUGUAUAAUUAAGGAAUAAUAUGUGAUGUUGAUGCAGGCUGUCCAGUUAUUCUGUUGGAGGAUGCAGUUACUGAAGUAGUGCUCAGGAACGAAGGCUAUGAAGUUUCUGUGAUGGAGCCACCAUCUUUCUCUGUUAUCGCGCAGUGAACCUACAGUGCAGUCAUUCUUGCAAUACCAAGGGGAAUAAACAAAAUAAACAUACUUUGACCAGAA